CUAGGGUUAUUUACACUGUAGUAACUGUAGACCGUUAGCGACCUAGGUUUAAGUAUAUUGGGCUUCCUAAAAUACUCGACAGAUUCGGUUGGGUGGGAAAGGAAAUGAACAAUACGGAGCACCGUCUAACACAGCGUCACACCAGUUAAUUCUUUGGUGAUUUUUAGAAUUCACUUGGGGUACUGGCUUUUCCUCCUACACUUUCCUAGGUGUAACGAAUCUGCGAAUCUGCGUCAGCGGGUCUAAGUACUCCCUGACAUCAUUGCCCCCACGUGUUCUCUGCUGCCCAGCGGCGCGGCGCCCUCCUCACGCUGACCCUCGGAUCUCAGACCGCACCGCAGCUCCUCAGCCCGGUACCGGUGUCGGAUGCGAGAGCCUGUGGCUAAGUGAAUAAUAAACAUACUGAAAGAAUAUGGCUGCACAGAUACCAGAAUCUGACCAGAUAAAACAGUUUAAGGAGUUCCUGGGAACCUACAACAGACUCACGGAAAGCUGCUUUCUGGACUGUGUCAAAGACUUCACCACGAGAGAGGUGAAACCUGAGGAGGUUACCUGUUCAGAACAUUGCUUACAGAAAUAUUUAAAAAUGACACAGAGAAUAUCCAUGAGAUUUCAGGAAUAUCAUAUUCAGCAGAAUGAAGCCCUGGCAGCCAAAGCAGGACUCCUGGGCCAGCCCCGGUAGAAAAGUGCCAAGGCACAGAUGUGCACUGAAAGAUUGCCAGCAGCUGCUACACUGGAAAUGAGGAUUCGUCUGGGAGAAUCCCCUGAAGCACAGCAGGAGUGGUGGUCAGCCAUCUGUCGUGACUACCUGACCAAUGGAAACCACUGAAGAAACCAAAAUCACUGUUCACCAGAAAGAAUCAAAACAGAAGGCCUUACUGUUGAAGUGAAAUGGUAAGAUGAUGCAGUGUUGUUGAGCCUUAAGACUCAGCUGCGUGGUCACCUUGAUACAAAAAUAAACCAGUUUCUUUCUUUGUGACUGUUAAUUUUAAAAGCAAAAUGUGUCCAAUCAUGUAUGAGAUAGAAAAAGUUUAUUACCAGAAGUAAAAUAAAUGAAAGUAUCAC